CGUGGUUGGCUGAGGAUUCAUGUACCCGAUUCUAAUCGCAUAACGACCAUCCGUUACCAAGGUCGUAAACGGCUCUCGGGUUAUGGUUAUUCGACUUGAUCCGGAAACUCUCUGUCCCGUUUGUCUUCGUCUCUCUGAGACAAACUCAAAUGGCUUUCUCAGAAAGGAAUGCCAGUUCUCCUCGCUUGUUAGCACUCUUGCUAUUGACAAUUUCAGUGGCCAAUCAAGCAGUUGCCAUCCGGUUUGGGGAUCAAAUCCCUAAUCCAACCGAAGACUCGUCGGAUCAUCCCCUCAAAAUUGCCGUCUUCGCUCUCGGUAGCUUCUGGAGAUCCGAAGCCAUAUUCGGGUGCUUGAAUGGAGUAGUUCGGACCACCGUGGGCUAUUCCGGCGGAUCCAAAUCCAAUCCAGAAUUCAGAAGCUUGGGUGAUCAUGCAGAGUCCGUACAGGUAGAAUAUGAUCCGAAAGUUAUUAGUUUUAGGGAGCUUUUGGAGGUUUUCUGGUCUAGUCAUGAUUCAAGGCAAGUAUUUGGCCAAGGUCCUGAUGUGGGUAAUCAGUACAGGUCUCUUAUCUUUACUAAUGGAACCGAGGAGUCCAGAUUAGCUGCUGUUAGUAAAGAACAUGAGCAAUUAAGGUCAAGAAGCAGCAUAGUCACUACUCAAAUACAACAGCUUGUCACAUUUUAUGGCGCAGAACCUGAACAUCAGAAAUUUGAGCUCAAACGGAGGCCAUUUCUUCUUCAGCUGAUGGGAAACUUGCCUGAAGAGGAGCUUGAGAGAUCAAGUUUAGCAGCAAAACUAAAUGGUUAUGCAGCAGAGCUCUGUCCACCGAAGAUUCAAAACCAGAUACAAGCAAAGAUCAAUGAAAUUGUUAGGAAAGGUUGGCCUGUUUUGAGAGAAAUAUAGCUGGUAUUUGGCGUAGAGUUUUAUUUUUUAAGCAAAACGCUUCGAAAUAACAGACCUCGUCCGUCGAGUGCACUAUUGGAUGUUGUGUAUGUCAACCCAUUCGAGGAUCAUAAGCUAUGGAUGAUAGAAGCAUAUAGUUUUGGAUACCCUUCAACAAGAUUAGGGUUCUUUUUGUUGCUGAUAUUGCGAUGAAAGCAUAUCUUCCUGGAAAAGGAAUUCUUUUUCCCCAAAUGCUAUUGUAAUUGAUUUUUUUUUGGUUUAUAUUAUAGACAGUGUUUUGGACAUUAAGAACUUAGGAAUUUGGUGAAAAUGUGAAAUUAAAGCUUCGUUUGUUGCGGUAAAA